CCUUCUAUAUCGUUUCCAAAGCUGAAGGAUAUGCGUUUAGAUUACUAUCCACUCAAAGAUUCGAACACCCUCGCUUUAUUCAAGGACGCGCCAAUACAGACUGCGAUUAUCUGUGACGUUGUUGAUAAAUUCCAACUCUCUGUGAUAACCACCUUCAGAGAUGUUCAGACUCUACGUAUUUCCAUAAGAAGCUGGCCAGAUAAAGUGCAUGACGAAGCUGCGGCGUCUGUUGCAAAGGAUCUUUUCAGCAAAUCGUUCUCUACUUCCACCGCUGAAAUAUUUAUUGACACAAGCCUACCAAUUCCAUUCCCUGAUACGAUUCUGUGGACAAGACUUGAGAGGCUGUAUCUCAACUUCCCUGUAUAUCUUUCCGAUCUCAUCCACAUUCUCCCUCAGCUUCAUCAUCUGCGCUGUCUUCUUGCCGGGGCCAUAUACAACACUGGAAAUGGCAUAGAGAAUACAGAAUCAGCACCCAUUUGGAGCACCACCCUCACUCAAGUUGUCCUAUUCUCAAGCAUUGUGGAUAUACCAACGAUUCCUUCUCUUGAGGCAAUGUGUAUUUUGGUGUCUGGCCUACCUUCUCUUCUCAAGCUUGUUGUUCCAGACGAUAUGUUAUUUACGGUAAAAGAUGCACUUUCUGAACACAUCAUUUCUCGAGAAUCUAGCGAAGGGGCACCUCAGGUUGUUGGAUAUCUUCCAACAAGAACGAUAUUGUAUCUUCGAAAUGGCAUUCCUUUUACCGAUAAUCAAGGCAACCGAAUUUCAUAAUAUAUCUAGGUGAAAUGGCUAUGGCAAUAAAUACGAUAUUAUAU